AGCUUGGAGUGAAAUGUGUUGUGAUUUCGUCUAGGAGCUAGUUGAUUGAAGCUCGACCAGACUAGAAAAUAAAUACAGAGAGUAAAUACCACUACCACUCGGCCUUACAUGAUUCAACACCUUUCUUCAACACCUUUCCUCGUACAAGACUGAGCUCUAAAGCUGCCCAUCAAGCUGCCCAAACACUUCCGAACGCCACCCCAUGAUCCGAUUGGCCGUUACAAGACUAAGCUCUGAAUCUUCUCGUCAGGCUGUUCAAACCACUUUCGAACGCCACCUCAUAGUUAGAUUGAACUUGGCCCGAGACUAAGCUCUGAGACUGAGCUCUGGAAUCACAAAUAUGGCUCUCACCGCGCCAAAGAUCUCAUCUUCAUCACCCAUCCAAUUCUCCAUCCCGCUUCCGCACGCUCCCCAGACCCGCAUCCAUGUCCACCUCACCAUCCUCCAAACCUCUGUCAUGGCCUUCCUCACCACGACCGGAGAAUCCACGACACGAGCCCUCUCCUCCAUGGGUUCGUUCGUGUACUCAUUGCCGAAUCGCGACCAUCCGACCGAACAACCGAUUAGCACACCCCUUUACAUCGAUGCCGGCACGGUUGACUUCGCAUCCCGUCUCGCAAAAGCUUUGGCGCGGAGAGUUGGAAAGCCAGUGUAUGUUGGUAGCUCAGUAAGCUUCUCGUCGGCAGGACGAGGCGGCGACGUGGAAGAAGAAAUGGAGGGCUUCCGGGCGGCGGUGGAUGCAAUUGCCCGCGUGGUCACUACGCGAGAAGAAUGAAUUGCUUGAAAUGAUGGUGGACCUGGAAGGAUCCGAAGUUGAAAACUUGAUGAAGAGACGAAUGAAACGCUCCUCAUGUGUCUGAUCAACCGAAUCGAAACGAUAUAUUGUUCGUUUGUGAGUGUUGCUCGCUCGUAUGGAGACGACUCGGGAAGCUGAAUAGCUUGAUGAUCCGACUUGAAGACCCGAUGAGUGGUCACAUAAAAUGCUCACCCUGUGUCUGAUCGCUUGAUGACAUAGUUUAGUUGACUGUGUCGUGGACGUGGAAAUUGCUCGUAUGGUCACGACAUGCGGAGCAGAAUUGAAGAUUUGCUUAAGAAUUUUAUCGAUCUAGAAGAAUCCGAACUUGAAGAUUUGAUGAGUGGUCACACAACUCAUUAUAUGUCUGAUUGCCCGAGAC